AGUAAACACUGUGGUUUAGACUCUAUAAAAGCUGAAGAGGAAACUCUCUAGUAUUUCCAGAAGGCUGUUGCAUGUCUGGCUAAGAGCGUGUCUGCUUAGGAGAAGUCAAUCAUGAACUUAAAAAUGUUAAAAGCGAGCCUAAAGAAGAUAUCAUCCCUGAUUUGUUUACUCUACACAACAAAGAGUGAGAUGAGCUGUGGUGAGAAGUUCCUUCUGCUUAUCUCGUGUCUGAUCACCAGUCUCAUUUUGGCUGUGUUUUUCCUCCUGGCUAUUUGCUUCCCAUUAAAUUUUGGCAUUGAAGUUGCCAUUGCCACUACUGCAACGUUUUGGCUUUGUGUUACACUAGCUAUGUGGCUUUCUACAAGUGUUCGCUGUUUUGGAGUUUUGUUCCUCCUGUCCAUCAGCUUGAAACAAGGCAAGAAACAACUCCUUGCAGCUGGAACUACCAUUGUGAUCUUCUUGAACAUCCGGAACACUCUGAUGAACUUGAAAGGGUUUGGAAAGAGUUUGGUCUGCAAUUUGGAAGAAAAACUUAUUACCAUUGACCUAGCACCAUUUAGGAACUAUAUCCAAAUGUUACAAUGGGUGGCUACUGAGCUUAAAAAUGGCCUGAUCAAUUUUCUGGGUAUAGAUUAUGAAACUGAAUUUAAAAUAAAGCCGAUUGUGCAUUCAUCGGAGUUCACGAAGAAAGUAUCAGAAGCACAGAGGACCAUGAAUCAGACAGCAGAGAGCGUGUUGGUCAUCGUCAAUGGAAUUUCGACCGUUGGAAAGAAAGUAUCUCCAGUUUUAGGAGUUGUAAUGCUCAUUAUUGCGACAGCUCUCUACGUGAGGAAAUUCCGAUUCUGUAAAAAGCAGAAAAAUGUGUUGAUUACAAAAAGAUUCUUAAAGUAUGACGAAAACCAGCAAUUACAAGGAAAACCGUCAGUCAUGCCUCUGAGUAAGAAGGAGAAGAAACGUUAUAUUCUUGUUCCCUCUCCCCAUUUAACCAAAAAGGAUGUGAAAACCAUGCUUAAAUUUAGCCUCUCGAUUGUAACUCAUAGCAUGACCUGGUUCUUCUUCGUCGGACUUGAUGCUCUUGUUUAUUGGAUUAUUACUGUUUUGAGCAAGAGACUGGAAGAGUUGAAGCCACUCCAUGUUCCUGUGUUGCUAAAAGUGGAGGAAGGAACCUUCUUCAUCGGCAUCAACGUCGAUCACAAGCAAAAAGUCAUGGACUAUUCCUUUGAUGUGCCCAUCUUUGAGAAAAAGUGCUUGCCGGCACCGGAACUCUGGCUUUACAAAUCAAUCAUCCCUCUGGCUAUCAUUCUUGGCUUGCUGGUUUUUCUAAUCGUAUUGUCGUCAAAGCUCAGUCAGUUGAGGCUCGUCGUGUCCGAGCAGUUCUACUCAGAAGAGGCAGAUAAGCGUGUUGCCGAGCUGCACUCCAAGAUCCUGAAACGAAGAUCGAAAUAUACGGCUAAGGACGCAAAACGAGCCCUAAAAUCGUUUGCCACACAGCUUCACUUUUGGUUCCCAAUCAUUUUCUGUUAUCGAAACAACUAUCAACAGACUCAGGAGAAUAACUUAUAAGGUUUGUUUUCUGUUUAUUUUUUUUCAUCUUGUAUUUUUUUUAAAUAUGUAUAGACAAAUCCCAUCUUUAUUUGUGUAUGCCUAAUACAUUAGACAAAACUACAUCUGGCUUUUUUUUUUUAUUGGGGAAAAGGUUCUUUGUCAGUCUGUACAACAAAAGAGGGGUAAGAACCCCUUUUUUAUUUUAUUUUUUACAAAAUCUUCCAGUUUUUAAGUUAUCAUAAUGGUAAUUUUAUUAUUGUAUACAUAGAUUAUUAGAUGUUUAAUUUAUAAAAUGUGCAUGAUCUUUUUACCACUGUAUAAGC